GACAAACACGUGGGGCAGGAACAAUACCAGCUGAUUUUCAUGGAAAUAGUCGCAUUGGUUAAUAUGACUGCUGCCAUUUGUUUCCAGGGAUUCAAGCCUUUUUGUUAUCAGCAGUAUCUAUAAUACUCAGUUCAGCAAAAGGUUAUGAGUUGUGAUAGAAAUCGGCUGCUUCAAUGUGGACUGAUAGUGGUUAAUUGUGUGCCUGUAAUAGUCAAUCCACAGGUCAGGCUGGACAAUUGGAUGGCAGAUUGGCCGGCCUUAGUGAUCCAAACUCGUGCCUUGUUGAAUCACACAGCCCACUGUUACCACAAAAAUAAGCCUUUUUCCUGGUGGAGCAGACAUUGUAUGCAUUGAUCUAUCUCAUUUCUGUGAUAGCCAUGAUCUGAGGAGGACAUGGUUACAUCGUGUAGACCACUUCAGAAUUAUUGCUCAACUCGACUGUGAGUCAGGAGGACAAAUUGCAGAGAAUAUUUAUUUGGUCUAUAUAUGCAAAGAACUGAACAGUUGAAAUUAUUCUUGCCCAAGUUUUCAUUUGUGAUAAAUCCUAAGCUGAUGCAGGAAAAGUGGUGUUUGUGAAGAUAUUUUUGCCAAAGUGUUGACUUAGUGAGCCUGGGUAUUUCUGUGGGUGGUGUUUCUUAGCGUGUUGUGUCAAUCAGGCGAGAGAACAACCACAGGAUCUCAGGGGUGCUGUGUUUAAGAAUGGUUACCCUAUCUGACAAGUGAAGAUGUUUUCCCGGUUAAUUACCCUCUCUGGAGUCUACGCUUGUCUGUGUGUUCUCACAGGUUUUUCUCAAGGAGAGCUGAGUGCUCCUGUGUUGGGCAACGAUCCCCUGCUGAACAGCCUGCCAAUCUUUGUCCAGCAGCCAGAAGAACAUUACUAUGUGGUGAAAAACAAACCUGUCACAAUAACCUGCAAGGCGACGCAAGCAGCUCAGAUAAUAUUCAAGUGUGCGGGACAGUGGGUGCGUGCCAAACAUCAUGUGAACUUGGAAUUGAUAGACCCUGUGACAGGCGUAAAAUACUUGCAGACAAGCAUCGAUGUGAUGAGAGAGGAGGUGGAGGAAUACUUUGGGGCUGAUGGUUACUGGUGCGAGUGUCAUGUGAAUCACAUGGGAGGCACCAGCCAACCAGAUUCUGAGAAAAGUCGAAGAGGACUUGUCCAAAUUGCUUAUUUGAAGAAGAGAUUUGAACGAGAACCAAUCAGCACCAAGGUGGAGAUGGAAUCCACAGCUCAGUUACUCUGUUUGCCACCACAGGGCCUUCCAUUGCCUCAGGUAUUCUGGUUGAAAGAUGGAGAGACAAUUGAUGUGAAAAAGGAGAUAAAUUACAUUAUUUCCAAUGAAGGGAAUUUAAUCAUCAAUCAGGCCCGCCUAGCAGACAUGGGGAACUACACUUGUGGAGCUGCCAAUGUUGUCAGUAAGAGGCUAAGUGACUCAGCCCUUCUCACAGUUUAUGUAAAUGGUGGUUGGUCUACUUGGAGCGUGUGGUCAGACUGUUCCGCCAAGUGUGGGAAGGGGACCCAGAGACGCACACGGACCUGCACAAAUCCUGCUCCAGUCAAUGGCGGCUCCCACUGUGAUAAUGGAGAAAGCUCACAGAAAAUAUCCUGUACUUCAAUCUGUCCAGAAGGCAGUAGCACAAAGGAUAUAGUUGAUGGUAUCUGGUCAACCUGGUCAUCAUGGUCAACGUGUAGCCCAGACUGCAUCCACCACAGACGACGAUCGUGUGACGAACCACGACCAAACAAUGGAGGUCAGUACUGUCCAGGAAAUGACCUUGACAGUAAGAACUGCACCAAUGGAAUGUGUCGAGGAAGAGAUCUUCGCCACAUGAAAUCUGCCCACCCUCAGGAUCAUCCUGGAGCCAGUAAGAAGGAUGAUGUGGAGAACAUCGCAUUGUAUGUGGGUCUUUGUGUGGCCUUUGCUGUCUUGGUUACAGCAGUCGUCAUUAUCAUCUUCUUAGUGAGGAGGAAACACUAUCAUCAGCCAGGUGUGUACGACAUGGACCUCCCUAACUCAGAGUCCCAUCUCCCACCACUGGACAGCGAAAUGAAGAAAGUGAAUAAACAAACGCAAGACAUGGUUUCUGUGCAGCCUGAUCUCACCCAAGUGGUUACAGUACGGAAUCACAAUUCUCUGGACUCUCCUAAUAGCCCCAACAACAACCACCUAAGCUCCAAGGAGAACCUUCCCACCUACGCUGAAAUCAUGACGCCAGCCAACAGACAUUCGGGAACCCUAGGAAAAGGCAGCAAAACUGUGCCUGUUGAGCCCACACUUAGCCACAAUCUCAAAAACAGUGUGGAAAAAUUGACUAUUAAAGACAAGGCUUCUCUGAAAGCAUCGCCUUCAGAAAGCCGGCCACUGCUUGGAGGUGAGAGUGAAGUGGCUAAUAGACUGUCCCAGGUGACAUCACAGUUACCCAGUAAUGUGGACAUUGAUGCAGUGGUCUGGAACACAUUUGACAGUCGAGGCGGAAGACUAAGUUUGCCAGAGUCAGCUGCUGGAGUAUGCCUGACGAUACCUGAGGGUGCCAUACGGCGAGGCCACUCAGAGGAAAUCUUCAUGGCACUGUGUAGAGACGACAAAGACAGGCCCAAGUUAACAGACAAACAGACGAUAUUAAGUCCUAUUGUGUUUUGUGGGCCGACAUCUGCUGUGUUUAAGAAGCCAGUAGUGUUGUCUAUCCAGCACUGUGCUAGCAUGAGGCAGGGGGGCUGGAUCCUCUCUGUAUACACCAGUGAUACACCUGCUGAUGAGCCCCCACAGUGGCAGAAGACAGUGACAUUAGGACAGGAGACAAUCAACACGCCCCUUUACGCACAGCUGGACCCCAACCACUGUCACAUCAUGACAGAGCAACUACAGCGCUAUGCUGUCAUUGGCCAGUCAGUCCCGGGCAGCAGAGCCAUCAAAGUGCUACGAUUGGCUGCAUUUGCUCCCGCCACACCUCCCUCCAUGGAUUAUAAUAUCCGUGUGUAUGUCAUAGAAGAUACCCAAGAUGCAUUGGAGAGUGUCUUUCAAGUGGAGCGUAAGUUAGGUGGCCGGGUGCUAGAUAAACCAAAGCAGAUUCUCUUUCAAGAUGGUGGAAACAACUUAUGUCUAACCAUAGAAGAAUUGUCCUUUGGGUGGAGAAGUAAACUGGCAGCAAAUUACCAGGAGAUCCCGUUCAGGCACAUUUGGAGUGGGAACCAGAACAACCUGCACUGUUCCUUCUCGCUGGAGAUGGUAGAGCGAGCUCAGCAGGAUGUCACCUGUGUAAUACAGGUGUACCAGAAGGCUAUCCUCAACAACAGACAAGUCCUCCACAUUACAAGCUGCCUUAAAGAUCCGCCACCCACCCCCAGUGGUCACUCCACUCUCAGAGGGAAAUCCUCAGCCAUCUCUGCCAACUCCACUAACUGUUUUGGUUCCAUGGCAACUGUGGAUACUAUAAAGCCUUCGUUUAGAUUACCAAGUCAUGUGCGAGCCCAGUUGUGCCUGCUUCUGGAUCCACCUAAUGCCCGGGGCAACGACUGGAGAAUGUUAGCUCAGGCCCUGACUGUCGAUAGAUAUAUCAACUACUUCGCUACAAAGACAAGCCCGACAGAUCACAUUCUGGACUUGUGGGAGGCCAGGCAUCGUGAGGAGUCUGCAGUCACAGAUCUAAUGAACAUUCUACGUGUCAUGGGACGACUGGACGCUUCCGCCAUCCUCGAGAAAGACAUGGGGGCGUGGUUAUGACCCUCUGACUGGUGAACGGCUAUGAUUUCAUUGGUCAUUUAGAGACAAUACCAAUGACUGGAGAACACGUUGUUGUUGUUCAAACUUUCAAGUCUGACUUUGACCAGGUUCAUGAACAAUUGCCGUACACCGGUGUGCCGCUACUAUCCAGUCAUUUCUGGACUUAUCUUCCGCAUCUGGUCACGCAGUGGAUAUCACCCUUCUGCUCACUCACCUCCAAGUGUCCAAUAAAGGGGACACAGCUCUAGACUGAUGCGGAUCAAGGGGAACAACUCUUGUGCUUUUGGGAGAAACUCCCACCAGUAGAGAAAAAGAGUGCUAUUAGAAGAUAUUUUAUUGAAAUACUUCCCCUCUACAACUGACUUGGAGAGACACAAUUGACUCUCAGAGUGAAACUAUUGAAACUGUCACUUCUGACUCUUGUUUGAACUGAAGAUUAUCACUGGGGAUUAAAUAUGCUCAAUCAUCAGUGAGCUUGAGGUGAUAGGAAGCAGAAACAGAGCUGAAGACAAAGGAAUUUGUUUUCAUUUUGCGUGUGUGUUUGAGUAUUUCUGGAUUCAGUGUUAGGACAAAUUUAAGUCAGCCUGGUAUGUGCAUCUGCAAAGAUGCUGAGAGGACAGCUAGUUUGAUGGAUGCACUGCCAAGAUAUGUUGUGUGUGGAUAUAGAGAGAAUGGGAUGUCUGGCUGACAUAAAAAUGGCAGUGUGAGAGAAACUAUUGAUUGUUUAUGCUGAGCUUUGUUGCUUCCUGGCAUCAGGAGAUCUUUGUUUAUAGUGCUGGAAUUCUGAGCAUUCAGAAAGAAUAUGAAUGACUUUGUUUUAGCUUUGUAUAUUAUGAGUACAAGAUUUGCUGCAAGUCGGAAGACCAGGUGCAUCUGGGAGAGAAUUGCAGCAUCAGCUGGACGAGAAUUGUUGCAUCCCACAAGAAUUUCAAACAAUCAUUGAUCACUAUUGCUAAGGCAGUUGACAUUUUAUUUACCUCUGUCAUGUGGUGCAUUUAGGUGUCGCAGUACCAGUCCUGUCAUUGUCUCAAUACUAAAAGCCUGUCCUGUUUGUUAGUGGACUGUCUCUCUGUGCACAAAACUGCCAAUUGUCAGCCUACAUUGUAUGCUGAAUCACCCUAUCUUGUUUCCUAAAGCUUUGGAUCCAUGCAAGUUUCAUCUUGAUCAGGCCUCAUUCUCUACUCUUAAUAUAAUGCUAUCAAGAAUCAUGUCACUAGUGAAAACUCUUGAAAAUAAAAUACUAAUAUUUUGGAUAAUUUCUGCUUGUAAGUUGUAAUUUAGCCAUAGUUAAAUGAUGUCUGACCAAUGGAAAUCAGAGGAGGAUUGUUAGCUGACCAAUGGAAAUCAGAGGAGGAUUGUUAGCUGACCAAUGGAAAUCAGAGGAGGAUUGUUAGCUGACCAAUGGAAAUCAGAGGAGGAUUGUUAGCCGACCAAUGGAAAUCAGAGCAGAAUUACACUUAUAAAUCUGAUGUAAAGUUCACUACUGAAUUUCAAACAACAAUCACAAAAAAGUCAGUCACGAUUGUUAAAUAUGCAAAAUAGGUAUAAAGCAGAAAUGUUAGAAAUACUAUUACUUUUUUUUUUAUUAGAUAUAAUCUUAAAAGAUCAUUAAAAAAGAGAAAAAUUUUGGUAUUAUAGCAUUGUGAAUUUGUGUGAAUUCCAGCAGGGGUAAAUGAUAACAUCAGAAUGAUUUAAGCUGUAAACUGAUGAAAAGGACCCUCAUAUUUCAGACAUGAUUUUGUGUAGAAGUUAAAUGUGAAGCAAAUGCUGUAGUACAAUGUACUCUCUUGGAGAUCGGUAGAGUAGUAUGACAUUUUGCUAUAUGGAUGUGAAUUAGAUGAAAUAUUUGAUGAAGUGUCACUUUAAUAUCCCUGUCAAAAAUGUUUAGCCAUGUGCUGUUAUGGUGGAAUUCAGUAAGACCUAACAGAGUUAUGAAUUUAUUGUUUGCAACUUUCUGUGAUAUUCUGUAGAAACUAUUAAGAAAAACAGAGUUUGGAGCUGAAUUUCAUAGUAAAUAUCUUUGCUCAUUUCUUUGGUAAAUAAAUUCUUUAGUAAAUGUUGGCAAAAAAAUCUCUGUAAAGGAAAUGUACAAACCUAUUCUCUAAUAUACAGUACACAAAACAGCAAGUUUUUUUUUUUCUAUUCAUGAGUAAUUGAAUUAAUGUUUUAUGUCUUGGAACAGAAUGUUGGUUUAAUUAUGUUCAGCUUCAGUGUUUUGUCAUGCCCUUUGCCUCAACUGGUUCGCCAUAGCUGACGCUAACUAAUAGUUUAUUGUUGAGUCUGGUUAUUUGCUAUUUGUAAAUUGCUCUGGUGAUGUAAAACGUGGUACACUGGGGAUCAAAGAGGACAGUGUAUGGCUUUGGCCAUUAUACCCAAAACGUAGUGAUUAUCAGGUUUUUCAUGUGUGAAAUGGUGAAUGAGGCUGUGCCUGGUUUACAACCAUCAUUGUGUCACAUCAGCUUCCAGGUCUCUAAUGGCACUACACCUGUCUGUAUUGUGAAAUUGUCAAAUGAUGUAGGGUGAUGUAUGCAAGGCCACAUUCUAGUCAACUUGGUAGAAAUGUAGUCAGAGAGAAGUAAGGAUGUAAAUAACUACUAUAGCAUCUGGUCCCACCAUGCAAGCUCUGAUCAUCACAUGUUGCCUGAGAAGAAUGCAGUUGUCUUCCCCUCACCCACUUCUCGUCUACUUUUAACACAGAUUUUAAUCGUCUUAUUUUAAUACAGAAAUGCAAGAUUUUCUAAACUUUCUAAACCAUGAUUUUUUCUGAGUAUUUUGUAAGCGUGGGCAAUUUUUUAUAAAGGGGAAUUCCAUUUGUAACAUUGUCUGAUAUACCUCUGACAAAAGCUUAUGCAAAGGAAAUGUUCAUUUUUAAACUGACAAUAAACUUCAACCCUCUAGGAUUUCUUUUAGAGUUAGGUGGUCGUUAAAUGUUCUCCAGCACAUACGGAAAUGGAAUGGGUUUACUCAGCUGAUGGCAUUAUAAGUAGCUAAAAUUUCCUGUACAUGGACAAGUAUAUGUUAUAGUCACCCAGAUGAGUGCAAAUAAUCAUUUCUCCAUCAGUCACUUUUGAUGUUUUUAACCAACAGAAAAAAGCUAUAUGGUGACCUGAAGGAAACCAGUUUUUCUUCAGUUACAAGUUUUAAAAUCACUUGCCAAUGAUUAUAUCUUAAAGUCUAUUUUUAUUUAAUGUCAUUUCUACAUACCUAUGCUAUACUACCCCCAGCCCUGAGUUUGUGAUUGUGUGUAAUGCCUAUGAAACACCUGAUGCCCCACCCACUGUACUGUAGAUCUGUCACUGUCAGGAGUUUGUUGUGGAUACUCUCUAGGCUGUUUCAUGUCCCCGUGUACAUAUAUUUUGCAUCUGUACCUACACGUGUUACAUUGGUCAAAUGUUUAACGUUAUCACUGGUGGCCCUCAGUUAUGUUACCUUGUGUAAGAGUCCUCCAAGUGUCUUUAAGUUGAUGGGCCUCCUCUGGCUUGACUGUAUGUAUGACUAUAGCUGUUAACACCAUGGAGUGUGGCAAAUGGUUGAAUAUGCUUUCACUCUAAUAUUUGUAUUGUACAUAUAUUAAAUUGUGAAUAAACAAAA